AUGGCGCUAUUGUUUUAUAUUUUGUUUUUGUUUUUUACAUUUAUUCAAUGUAGACAUCUAGAAAAAGUCCCAACUUGGGAACAAUAUAAAGUUAAGUUUGGUAAAAAUUAUUUAACAAUUAAUGAAGAAAAUUUUCGCAAAAACAAUUAUUUCAACUCAUUGACCAAAAUUGUCAAAAACAAUGGAAAAAAUGGAGUUACACUUGGCCUUAAUGACAUGUCUGAUUGGUCUGAUGAAGAAUUUUUCUCACUAAACUCUAAAUCUCCAAGUUCUGUUUUUGUCUCUGCAAGGCCGACCUCUACUGUUAAUACCAGUCCAUUUCCUAAGUCAUGGGAUUGGCGGAAUAUCAUUGCGUUCAAUAGUAUAGAACAACAGGGUCGCUGCUCUUCUUGUUGGGCUUUUGCAGCUGCCACUACCGUUGAAGCAGCUUAUGCUCAUCAAAAAAACAAGCACAACCUGCACCUGUCACGUCAAGAGCUGGUGGACUGUACCAAUAGAACUUUUGAUCAGCACUACCUCAACUAUGGAUGCAAAGGUGGCUGGCCGACUGAGGCUUACAAGUACAUCAUGGAUCAUGGAGUGUACGAGGAUAAGCUGUACCACUAUACGGAAACGUUCAACGAGGUUUGCUAUGCCGACAAAGUGGCUCACGACAAGGGUCAUCCGGUCAAGUACUACAUCAGCAACUACGGACGCCUGGCGUACAAUGACACUGAUGAGGCAAUCAUGGCAAUGUUGGUUACCUAUGGUCCUGGAACGGUGGACAUACACGGCACUAGUGACACCUUUCGUUUCUACAAGGGCGGCAUCAUGCGCAAUGUGAUGCCAAACUCGGCGUACACAAAUCACAUUGUCGUCGUCGUCGGCUACGGAACCGACUCGAGUGGAGUCGACUACUGGAUUAUUCGCAAUAGUUGGGGAAAAACAUGGGGUGAGCAUGGAUAUGGACGAUUGGAGCGUCAUCACAAUUUACUUGGAUUUAAUAACAAGUACAAUUAUCCAAUUUUGUAA